UCUCUCUCUCUCUUUUCUCCUGUGGCGACCUUCGAUCUUUCUCUCUGUCAAGUUUUGCCAGAGUCGCGUUUGUCUCCAGCUUCGCUUCGAUGUCUUCAUAGAAUGCUUCGCAUUUCAAGUCUUUUGUCACUUUGAUCUCUGCGUUCUCCAUUUCUUCCGCAGUUUGCCAUACUGAACAUACCCACCCAUCUGUUACUUUUUUUCCUUCUUUUGUUUUAAAAUUUUGCCCAAUUCAUGUCCUGCCUCAAGCAAGCUCGUCGACAUUCUGUUCAGCUCGAGUCUUUCUCAAGUCUCAUUCGCUACGUGCGAUGGCACCAGCCACUCUCACUUCAGGAAUGAAGUUCGAGGUGUUCCUGAGUUUUAGGGGACCGGAUACGCGGGAUAACUUUACUAGUUGCCUCUAUCAUGACAUGGCUGAGAAAGGAAUACGAGUCUUCAAAGACAGUGAAGAGCUCCGAGUGGGUCAGAAGAUUGAGGGAGAGAUCUUGCAAGCCCUUGAAGACGCUCAAAUCUACAUCCCCAUCUUCUCUACGGGAUUUGCUUCCAGUGCAUGGUGUCUCCGUGAGGUUGCACACAUGGUAGAUUGUACAUUAAAGUCGGACGGGAAGAAGGUGAUCCUUCCUGUUUUCUUCGAUGUGGAGCCAGACGAUGUCAAACUUAAAACCAAUUUGUACAGAGAUGCCCUGUCUGAGCAUGAGAAGAAGUAUAGCUCUCAUGAAGUGAAGCGCUGGGAAGAUGCUCUUGUUGAGGUUCCGACUAAAGUAGGUUGGAAGCUGGAGGGAAAAGGGUAUGGGGAACUUACAAAACUGAUUGUUCGAGAGCUUCUUGUUAAGUUGAAGGGGAAGAACAGACCUCUCCCAUAUCAUCUAGUUGAAACGGAUGAUCUAGCACGCAUAGAGGAAUUGUUGGAUAUUGACUCUGAUGACCAUGUACGUUUCGUUAUAAUCCAUGGGACGGGCGGUAUUGGUAAAUCAACUCUUGCUAGUGUUAUCUUCAACCGAUUCCGGUCUAAAUUCGAUUGCAGUAGUUUUCUCGAUGAUGUCCAAAGUCAUGGUCUUAUAGAUAUGCAAAAGAAAUUAUUAUCCGAAACAUUGGGCUCGAAUUCUGCUCAAGAAAUCUAUGACACCAACGAUGGAAUCGAUCGCAUAACAAGGGGACUUGGCAAAAGGAAAAUUCUGAUUGUUGUCGAUAAUGUGGAUGAGAAGAAGCAACUCGAGAACUUGGCAGGGAGCUGUGAUUGGUUUGGUUGUGGUAGUAGAGUCAUUAUCACAUGUAGGGACCUAAGGACAAUACGAAAUACAGACAAUCAAAAACGACCUAGCAAUUACAUGGACUACUCAGUAAAGGAGAUGCCUUUGGAUCAAGCGAUUCAGCUUUUCAGCAAGCAUGCUUUCAGAAGCAAUCCUCCUACGAAAGAUUGCUAUAAUUUCUCAAAAGAAGUCGUUUUAAGCGUAGGAAAGCUUCCUUUGACACUGGAAGUCGUGGGUUCUCUUUUUGCCAACACAGUCAGGUCAGAGUGGGAUGAGACAUUCGAGGACUUAAAGCAAACCCCAUAUAAGGACGUCCGACAAUCACUGAUGAUAAGUAUUAACAAAUUGGACGAAAUAGAAAAAGCCAUAUUCAUAGACAUAGCAUGCUUUUGUAUCGGGGAGGAUAAGACUUAUGCGGACUACAUGUGGCGAAGUAGCGGCUAUUCUCCACAUGGCGCGAUUGAUGUUCUUCUCCUCAUGUCGUUGAUAAAGAUCAAUGAGCACAAUAGAUUCUGGAUGCAUGAUGAAGUUCGAGACCUAGGAAGGUACAUAGUCAAAAGAGACAAUGUUGAAGAUGCUGGAAAGCGCACUUGGGUGUGGAUUGAUGAGAAUACUUUAGACAUGCUGAGGAGCAAUGAGGAAAAACAAGCCGUACGAGCACUCAGUGUGGGUAUUAGUCAUGACUUCACACCUGAAGAGUUAGUCCGUUUGCCAAAGCUGAGGUUCCUUGGAGGGGAAAGAAUGAAUUUCGUGGGCGACUUCAAAAAUCUUCUUCGUAAUCUUAAAUGGCUUUCUUGGCGUCAUUGCCACUUGGAUUUUUCACCAACGAAUCUUGACCUAGUGAAUUUGGUCGUGCUCGACCUUUCACAAAGCCGCAUCACCGACGACUGGGUUGGAUGGUUACAAAUCGAGAUGGUAAAAAAGUUGAAAGUUCUAGAUUUGACGCACUGCAAAGAGUUAACCAAGACACCUGAUUUUUCUGAGUUUAGCAAGUUGGAGAAAUUGAUUCUCGCUUGGUGUGUGAAAUUGUCUACGAUUGAUGGCUCAAUCGGUAAGCUAAAACUUUUAAGCACUCUAAAUAUCCAGGGAUGUCAUUCCCUCCAAGGGUUGCCUGAUGAAAUUGGUUCUCUAGAAUGCUUGUCGGAAAUUGUCAUGCCCUCCGGAGUCAAACCAUUCAAGCUUUUCGAGACACUAGGCAAUCUAAAAUCAUUGACACAAUUUGAAAUUCGACUUCAUUAUGGUAUUAGCCGACUUCCCCAUUCCAUUGGAAGGUUAAUGAAUCUUACAAAGUUGAGUUUCCAUGCAUGCAAGAAUCUAUAUGAGCUUCCAGACUCUAUUGGGGAAUUACAAUCUUUGGUCGAGUUGGAUUUGCAAUUAUCGGGGAUCUCCAUUCUCCCUGAUGCCAUUGGAAAGCUGAAGAGACUAAAGGUCAUUAGGUUGGGACACUCAAAGAUACACACGAUACCUUGUGCUCUAGGAGGGGUGGAGAUGUUGGAAUUGCUCGAUGCAUCGUUUUGUUCGUAUCUCAAGGGUAAAGUCCCAUGGGAAUGGUGGAGCCUGACCCGUCUGAGAAUCUUGGACUUAUAUAGGACCCCAAUCUCUAGAGUGCCGACAAACCUCAGUGGUUUCUCUAACCUCCAAGAGCUUAAAAUUUCAAGCCACCAGCGUCACCCGUUGCUAGAGCUUCCCUCGAGUUUAAAAUGUCUCGUUGUUGAAGCUGCUAAAUUUCCUGUUCUUCCCAACCUCUCGAGCCUAGUUGAUUUACAUCAUCUUGAAGUGUGUGGAAGCCGACGACCCAUGAGCGCGAACGAGGAUAUUUGGCCUGGGAAGGAUGAGGAUAUCCCUCAAUUCCCUGUUUUUCCCGACCUCUGUGGCCCAAAGAAUCAAGUUUCAGAUUUUUUGGUCUUCAAAAGAUUGGAGAAAAGAGGCUUGUCUGCCGUUGAAUACUUGGUGAGGUUAAGGGAAUUGAAGAUAUCGUCGUGGGAAUUCCUGGAGAGCACACCCGAUCUAUCGGCCUUGAAGAGGCUACAAGACUUGCAUCUCAGUGGCUUGCCCAAGCUAGCGGAGGUUCCAGGUUUGGGGAAACUGGAAUCGCUGAAGUUUCUAUGCAUCGGGUGGUGUAAUGUGAUCCCACAAUUGCCUAAUCUCUGGAAGUUGAAAAAUCUACAGCGUCUCAAGCUAUAUUAUUGUAGCAUGUUGAGAACCGUCGAAGGGUUGAAAGAGUUGAAUUCUUUGAAGAAAGUAGAGAUCCAAAAAUGCAUGUCCCUGGAAAGGUUGCCCGAUUUGCCGGCAUUCACCAAAUUGUAUACAGAUUGGAUGCCGCCAAAAGCUGCAAAACUCACCGUUCAAUCUACCAUGCCGAGGAAACGAUCAUGGCUUUCGAUGUUGCUGGACAAAUAAGCUUGAAGCAGGAUGUAUCAUCCCGAAAGGUGAGUGGUUUUGUAUUCCUCUCAGAUUUCCUUGUGAAUCCAAAUUGUGCCUCGGUGGUACUGGGUCCAAUGGGGUUAGGUUCUUCCACUUGGCCCGCUGGACGAGCACGAAAGGUGGGGAAGCAUAGCCCUGUCGAAAGUUCCAGGUAUUAAGAUGAUGUUUUCAUUUCAGAUUGAA